CCGUCGCCCUCCGAGCCCCCUGCGGCCGGCCCGAGCCCAGCGGCGCCAUGGGCUGCACCGUGAGCGCCGAGGACAAAGCGGCCGCCGAGCGCUCCAAGAUGAUCGACAAGAACCUCCGCGAGGACGGCGAGAAGGCGGCGCGGGAGGUGAAGCUGCUGCUCCUCGGUGCAGGAGAGUCGGGGAAGAGCACAAUUGUAAAACAAAUGAAGAUUAUCCAUGAGGAUGGCUAUUCGGAAGAGGAGUGCCGACAGUAUAAAGCAGUGGUUUACAGUAACACCAUUCAGUCCAUUAUGGCUAUAAUCAAAGCAAUGGGUAACUUGCAAAUUGACUUCGGAGAUUCUGCCAGAGCGGACGAUGCUCGCCAGUUGUUUGCACUCUCUUGCACUGCAGAGGAGCAGGGAAUCAUGCCAGAAGACCUGGCCAACGUGAUCCGGAGGCUGUGGGCGGACAGUGGAGUCCAGGCCUGUUUUAAUCGCUCUCGAGAAUACCAGCUGAAUGACUCUGCUGCAUACUAUCUGAAUGAUUUGGAGAGGAUAGCGAGGGGGGAUUACAUUCCAAGCCAGCAGGAUGUGCUGAGAACUAGAGUGAAGACCACAGGCAUUGUGGAGACUCACUUUACCUUCAAGGACCUGCAUUUCAAGAUGUUUGAUGUGGGGGGGCAGAGGUCCGAGAGGAAGAAGUGGAUCCAUUGCUUUGAAGGAGUGACAGCUAUUAUCUUCUGUGUCGCUCUUAGUGCAUAUGACUUGGUUCUGGCGGAAGAUGAAGAGAUGAAUCGUAUGCAUGAGAGCAUGAAGCUGUUUGACAGCAUCUGUAACAACAAGUGGUUCACGGAAACAUCCAUCAUCCUCUUCCUCAACAAGAAGGAUCUCUUUGAGGAGAAGAUCAUCCACAGCCCCUUGACCAUCUGCUUCCCAGAGUACACAGGGGCCAACAAAUAUGACGAAGCUGCUGGCUACAUCCAGAGCAAAUUUGAGGAUCUGAACAAGAGGAAGGAUUCCAAGGAGAUCUACACUCACUUCACUUGUGCCACUGAUACCAAGAACGUGCAGUUUGUCUUCGAUGCUGUCACUGAUGUCAUCAUCAAAAAUAACCUGAAGGACUGUGGGCUCUUUUAGCUCUUCAGGUGGCAUCUACUGAGGAACACAGGAAGGAUUACUUGAACUGCGCCAUAUGAGGAAGAGGCUGGUGUUGAUGAAGGGAGGACUGCACCAUUUAACGACUUCUGCUUCUAAGUUUUGUUUCGUUCUUUUUAAUUUUCCUAAUGACAGGACUGUGGAGGUUCCUCCUGUCCAGAGGACAGGCUCCAUCGCUUUUCUCUCUCUGUGCUGUCCCAGCUGCCACCCGUAGGCCAUUUGUAUCCUCUCCCUGUGCCCGGAAAGCCUUAUUCAAGCGCCAAUGAUUGGUGGCCUGCCAUAGCUGUAUUG